GUCUCGGCGGGCUGCGGGUCGCGCGCCACAGCCCUCCUCCGAGGCGGGAGGGGCGCACGGAAGAGGCGCGAGCCGGCGGCAGCCAUGUUUGUGGCGCGCAGCAUCGCGGCGGACCACAAGGAUCUCAUCCAUGAUGUCUCUUUCGACUUCCAUGGCCGGCGGAUGGCGACUUGCUCCAGCGACCAGAGCGUCAAGGUCUGGGAUAAAAGUGAAAGUGGGGAUUGGCAUUGUACUGCUAGUUGGAAGACACAUAGUGGAUCUGUAUGGCGUGUGACCUGGGCCCAUCCUGAGUUUGGACAGGUUUUGGCUUCCUGUUCUUUUGACCGAACAGCUGCUGUGUGGGAGGAAAUAGUAGGAGAGUCAAAUGAUAAACUGCGAGGACAGAGUCACUGGGUUAAGAGAACAACUCUAGUGGAUAGCAGAACAUCGGUUACUGAUGUGAAAUUUGCUCCCAAGCAUAUGGGUCUUAUGUUGGCAACUUGUUCAGCAGAUGGUAUAGUGAGGAUAUAUGAGGCCCCAGAUGUUAUGAAUCUUAGCCAGUGGUCCCUGCAGCAUGAGAUCUCAUGUAAGCUAAGCUGUAGUUGUAUUUCUUGGAACCCUUCAAGCUCUCGUGCUCAUUCUCCCAUGAUAGCUGUAGGGAGUGAUGACAGUAGUCCAAAUGCAAUGGCCAAAGUUCAGAUUUUUGAAUAUAAUGAAAACACCAGGAAAUAUGCAAAAGCUGAAACUCUUAUGACAGUCACUGAUCCUGUUCAUGAUAUUGCAUUUGCUCCAAACUUGGGAAGAUCUUUCCAUAUUCUAGCAAUAGCAACCAAAGAUGUGAGGAUUUUUACACUAAAACCUGUAAGGAAAGAACUUACUUCAUCUGGUGGGCCAACAAAAUUUGAAAUCCAUAUAGUGGCUCAGUUUGAUAAUCACAAUUCUCAGGUCUGGCGAGUGAGCUGGAAUAUAACAGGAACAGUGCUAGCAUCUUCAGGAGAUGAUGGCUGUGUACGAUUGUGGAAAGCUAAUUAUAUGGACAAUUGGAAGUGCACUGGUAUUUUGAAAGGUAAUGGGAGCCCAGUCAAUGGGAGUUCUCAGCAGGGAAAUGUAAAUCCUUCCCUAGGUUCAAAUAUUCCAAAUCUUCAAAAUUCAUUAAAUGGAUCUUCUGCUGGCAGGUAUUUCUUUCCCCCUGUGGAUUCCCCACGGGCUGGAUCGAGAUGGUCCAGUUAUGCCCAGCUCCUUCCUCCUCCUCCUCCUCCUCCUCCUCUGGUAGAGCACUCUUGCGAUGCUGACACUGCCAACCUCCAGUAUCCUCACCCUCGCAGACGAUAUCUUUCUCGGCCUCUUAAUCCCUUACCUGAGAAUGAAGGGGUUUAAAACACUGAUUUAACAUUAAAAGGCCUUAUUCAGAUGCUUGUAAAUGCUUUCAUUCCUGGCCAAUUUUUGUUUUUCUUCAUUUUCUUUUAGAAGAGUUUUCUAAUUUAGAGUCUGUCUUGCAUGUAUUACAAGCAGAACACAGCAUUUGGAACCUAAACUUGUUUGUGCGUCUGCAUUAAAGGCAAAUUUGCCUCACUGGUUGCUAACCUUUGAUGAUAUGUACAAGUAACAUUAACUGAGUUACACACAGUAGCUGACUUCAAAGUGCCUGUUUUGUAAAUUUUAUUUUGAACUGUUACCAUAGUAGUCUUAAGUUUUUCAUGCUUUAUCAUACUGGUUAAUGUGAACGUAUAUCAUUAUAACAUCUACUCGGACUUUGAGACAUAAGAAAUGUUUUUAAUUUUACAGGCUCAUGUUGCAACUGACUAGUAUGUAAAAUAAAUCAUUCCUGUGUAUGAAGCAGCAAAACAUUAAAUGGACUUUUUGGUCUUUU